UUAACUGUGAGGAAAUGUCCUUCAGAUUCGGCCAGCAUCUCAUCAAGCCCUCUGUGGUGUUUCUCAAAACAGAACUGUCGUUUGCCCUUGUGAACAGGAAGCCUGUGGUACCAGGACAUGUCCUCGUGUGUCCUCUUCGGCCAGUGGAGCGUUUCCGAGACCUGCGUCCUGAGGAAGUGGCCGAUUUGUUUCAGGCAACCCAAAGAGUCGGGACAGUGGUGGAGAAGCAUUUCCAGGGGACUUCUCUCACCUUUUCCAUUCAGGAUGGCCCGGAAGCUGGACAAACUGUGAAGCACGUUCACAUCCACGUUCUUCCAAGGAAGGCUGGAGACUUUGACAGGAAUGACAGCAUCUAUGAGGAGCUCCAGAAACAUGACAAAGAGGAGGAGGACUCCCCAGCCUUGUGGAGAUCGGAGGAGGACAUGGCAGCAGAAGCUGCAGCGCUGCGGGCCUACUUUCAAUGACUCAGGCAUGAAAGUAACUCGAACAAAUCCCAAGGCAUAAGGAAAUGGGCCUCGUUCUCUAGGACUCUGCGGCAUUGGAAAUGGAGCUAAGCAGACUUUAUUACAUCCUACAAUUCUGCAACCUUUUGCGAAGCAUUUUAUUACACUUGUGGAAGCCAUCGGGGUUAUGUUUCAAUCACGUUGACUGACAGGCUAACUUCAAAACAACGGCAUCGACAGCCCUUCCACACUUCCUUGGCUAUGUACUUAGAACAGAACCUUUUCUAAAUUGUCCCUCGGCCUGGAUGGAAAUAAAAUAGUAGUUAAAAUAUU